AUGGCGGCGCAAAUUGACAGGAAGGUAAUUCUAUAUUAAAAAGAAUUCCUGAUGAUGAAUGAAACCUAGUCGAAACGUUCAAUAAACUAUUUUCGGAGAGUGUCUAUUGUUUUGUUCUUUUUAAAAUUACGCAAUGGCAAUCGUAAUUUCUAAUUCUAUAUUAUACUCGAAAAAUCAACAAAAAUAGAAAAUUUGGACCGAGAAAUAAAAUACUGAGAUGUAAGAAAAGCCACAGAAAUAUGGUCAGAAAAAUUGAAAGCCAAUAUAUGAAAAGGAAACUACGAUUAAUUGCCCUUUUGGGUCUUAUUCUCAACGUACCAAAAGAACGAACAUUGUGGAUGCAUCUAGUACAGAUGCAUGGUUUCUUUUAGCAGACAAGUUUUAUACCGAUUUACACUGGUACGCCAAAACGAGUUACAAAACAAACGUUUGAUUUUGUUGUUAACUCUUUAAUUUAACUCUGUAAUCUAGAACGAUAUCAAGCGAAAAACAACAAUCCUACGCAAGGCAGUAACUGUACAAAAACGGGUCGCCAUAACUUUCUAUUUUUUAUCAUCAACAGAGGAGUAUCGUACAAUUGCAAACUUAUUUGGAGUGUUGAGAUCAUUUGUAUGCCUAUGUGAAAGAUGUAUACACAGCAAUUGUCAAACAAUUAAGAUCAAAGUUUAUCUAUUUACCGAAACGACAGGAAUUGAAAGAUAUCGUACAUACUUAUAAAAGAAAAUGGGAAUUUUCUGCUUGUUUUGGAGCAAUAGAUGAUACACACAUUCCCAUUCUUGCUCCAACAGAGAAUCACGCCGACUAUGUUAACCGUAAAGGUUAUCACAGUGUUGUUAUACAAGCAGUUGUUGAGUGUAAAUACUUGUUUAGAAAUAUUGUCAUUGGCUGGCCCGGUAACGUCCAUGACGCAAGAAUCUUGUCUAAUUCAGAAUUUUUUAAGAUUGGGGAACAAAAUAAACUUUUGCCUGAAAACUAUCACGUCAAUGUUGGUGGAAAAUUUAUGGGUACUGUUAUUCUUGGAGACCCUGCUUAUCCCUUACUACCUUGGCUCUUAAAACCAUACCCGGAGAACCCAAAUACAAUCCGACAGCAUAGAGAAUUUAAUUAUCGUUUGAGUAGGGCUAGGGUUACAGUAGAGAAUGCAUUUGGCAGAUUCAGCAGAUGGAAGUGGAGAUUUCGUAGAUUCCUAAAGAGAGUGGACAUGGACAUAAGUAAUUUGAUCAUUGUCAUUGCUGCAUCAUGCAUUUUACAUAACAUAUGUGAAAUGAAUAAUGAAGAGAUCCUACUACGUUGGUUGGAGGAAUCAAGCCAAGCAACAGCUACCAUUCCAUUAGACAACACUCAUGCUCAAGAUGAUUCGGUUUCAAUUAGAGACCAUUUUACUAAUUACUUCAUGUCAGCUGUGGGACAUGACAUUGGUCAGGGUGAUUAA